GUGAUUCUGACAAGGCACUCAGAAAAAACUACUGAGAGAUGUCCCACCCAUGGCAGUUUAAAGUAAAAAUGAAAAAAAAACCCAAAAAGUAAUCGCCAGGGAGGUUUGGUGUUUUUCUUUUUAACUGUAAAUUCUCUAGUCAGAUGGCGCUGAGCACAUACAUGGAUUGUUCUGUCUAGAUGUUGGAAAUGGCUGAGCGACAUGGAUUCUGAUGCCACCAACAAGUGGAUCUGCGUUGCCGCUGCUUUUGGAUGGUAGUAAGGGGACAGAGCAGAGAUAUAAAAUUAUGUAGCGCAGAGUCUUGGUAGGGUUUAGGACAGUUCAAGGAAGGAGAUCCCAGAUAGGAAUUUGAGAUCUAUUUAUAGUAGGUGGUGGUGGUGGUGGCUGGGCAGUAUUCCAAGAAGAUUUGAUUUCCUGAGGUCUGCUUUGCUACUUGUGAAUUCAUGGACAAGUGGGAGUGGCAGCAGAGGACGGAUCAUACUUUACACGAGGCGAAGCACCUGAAAAUGGGGCACUCGCACCAUCAUGAUUAUCCUCGUUCCAGGCAUCCCUCUUUCUCCUCUGCUCUGCUGGAUGCAAUCUGUAAAUCGACUGAAGAUGAGCAGGGGGGAGGAAUUGAUUGGAGCCCGCAGAACAAUCAUAAGCGUGCAGCGAGACUCGAACGCGAGACGUUGGGGAAACAAGAGGAGGAUGCCAAGCUCGUGCGCCGGAGAUCCGCGGAGAUCGGCGUGAUGGACGCCGAGAAAUGUUUGGCGGGUCACGAGAUCGAGUCCCUGGGAGGGUCGAUGGAAGACAUUGAGCGUGUUGUGUCUGGGCAGCACAACAACAGCAGCAGCAACAGCAACAAGCAGCGAGCAUUUCAGUUGUUGUUUCAGUCCAUUUCGUCUGCGGCAUCCUGUUCUUCGGAGACCAGCGACAAUACUUCAAACUGGCCGUAUUCAUCCUCAGAUGCAGAGUCGCUGUACAGGCCAAUGGGUAAAUACAGUACCAAAACGGCAAGGCAUUCGGAAAAGGGACGCAAAUGGGCUUCCUGUAUGGCACGAGGUCGAGAAUGGUCUGAGGAUUUAUCUUCAUGUGCAAAAGAUGGGGGGGGCUUUCGGGGUGAGACACUGGUUCCUCAAUCCAAGUCUAAAUCCAAGUCUCGCAAGGAUUCCAAGCACCCAAAGCAGCCAAUCUCCCCUGGAAGUAAGCUCGCAAGCUUUCUGAAUUCUCUGUUUAUGGCCGGAGGUACUAAGAAGGCUAAGCUUUCUUCAUCUUCUUCUGUGAGCGAAUCCAAUUCAUAUUAUUCUUCUCAGAGAAAGCCUGCUUCUUCUGUUUGCUCUUCAUCUUCUUCUGUCCACAGGUCAUGUCUGAGCAAAAGCUCUAGAGGGAAGUCCAGUAAUGGGGUGAGAAGAUCUGUUACAUUCUACCCAACAAGUACAGUUGUGGAUGAAUGCUCUCGCCCUUGUGGGCACUCUGAGAACCCCAUCCCUCGCCCGAAUCCAGCCAAUCCUGGAGAUGCAUAUAAAAAAUUGAAGCUCCACCUCCUUGACAAGGGCAGCCAAACAUCCACAGCCAAGGGCAUAAUUGCCAAAUAUCACAAAGCAAACAGCAUUUUGGAAGCUGUGGCGAGGGAGCUUGAUAACCAAGAGGAAGAAGAUGAUUAUGAUGAUGAUGCCAGUUGCUCAAGUUCUGAUCUUUUUGAGUUGGAGAAUUUGGCAGCAGCCGACAUGAACAUGUAUCAGAAGGAGCUUCCUGUUUAUGAAACUACCCACUUGGAGACCAAUAAAGCUAUUGCCAAGGGAUUAAUUGUCUGACAGCAAUGGUAAUUUUGUUCCAAUGUCUACUUGCAUAUUAAAUUAGAAUUCCUGGCUGUAAAAUGCAAGCAUGUGUCAUGAUUAGUGGCACAAUUAUGCAAUACAAUUAGCCUGACUUGUUUGAUUGAGAUGCCAAGAAAAUCUUCAGCUUCAGCCUUUCGCAUCCUCCAGUGGCUGGCUUCUGAAAUGAAAUGAAUUUUAUAAGGAAAUCAUAUCAGACAAGUCAGAUCUAAAUUAUCUAGACACGUUCCCAGAUAUUAUAGUGUAAAGAGCUGCCUAAAUGUUUAGCAGGCUAGAUCACCUAAUGUCUUAGCUGUUUUAUCUUAUGGAGCUUCUAUGAGGCUACUACUGGUGUACUAAAUGCUGCCCAAUCAUUUAUACAACAGGCCAUUCUCCAUCA